UACCCCUGUGGGGCAGGGUAUCAUUCUUUCUUGGACCCCAGCAUCUCCCCAGAGUUCCUGGCGGCCUCUGAGCAAUUCUUCUCCACCAUGGUGCCUCCCGGGGUCUACAUGAGAAAUGCCAGCUGUCAUUUCCAGAUGGUCCUGAACGAGGGUUUUGGCAACUCCCCAGCUCUCAGGGUCUGCAACAGCUACUGGCGUCGGGAGAACGCCAACCUGAACAGUGCCCAGGCAGUGGAUCAGCUGCUGCUGGGAAUGGCCUCCCAGAUUUCAGAGCUGGAGGACAGGAUAGUGGUCAAAGAUCUGAGGGACUACUGGCCUGGCCCCGGCAAGUUCUCCCGCACAGACUACGUGGCCAGCAGUAUCCAACGUGGCCGAGAUAUGGGGCUGCCCAGCUAUACCCAA